AUGAACGAGGCUCAGACCUUGGACGCGCUCGCCAAUGUCCUCAACGAUAUAUCUGAAAAGCCGUACGAUUUUUCUCUUCAUGUUAAGCACAUCAAUAUUGCCCGCUCUUUGGAGGGCAUGGAAUCCGAAUUCCAGUCGGCAAUCGAGAUGAUGUCCAAUUUCUACUCAGUCGGAGGCGACCUCUGGCUGGAACUUAUCGAAUACAAGAAGGCAUCUUUGGAUUUGGGUACCGUGGAUGGUGUAGCAGAGCUCUUGGCGGUGUACGAGCGUGCAGAAUCCGACUAUACAUCAAUACCUCUCCUGAAAGGCCACAUCGAAUUCGUCUUGGAACAAUACGCACGAUAUUGUGGCAGUGAGGCUACAGAGUCAAAGCCUGAUACAUUCGGCGAACUCUUCUCGGAAGACUGGACCCGUACGACACUGUCCGACGUCGUGAAGAAGGGCCAAGGCCACAUAACGCAGAGCCAUGUAUUAUGGGAUAUGCAGCGCGACUGGGAGCUCGAAAUGUUGGAGGCUAAGUCAGGCUCAGACAGGAUCGAAGCUGCUGAACAAGUGCAACGCUUCCUCCUUGAGCGCCUACGGCAGCCUCAUUCAAACUCUGAUGAUACAUUCCAAACAUACUCCUCGUUCACUACGAAUCACAAGCCACCGCAGGAGUAUGAACCGCUUCUCAUCGCUGCUACCAAAAUUCGCUCACAAGCCGUCAAGUCCUUUCAACGACGGGAAGCCAUGGAAACUGCAUUGGUCCAGUCCAAUUUCUCUCUGGAGAGCUAUGCGAGCUAUGUUGCUUAUGAAAACAGAGCUAGAUAUCCGGAGUUACUGGUAAUGGGUGGCCUUUACGAGCGGGCCAUCGCAGAAGCUGCAAAGCGGAAGUUUGCUGGUGAGGCAGGCGCCGAAGAUGCUUUGAGGUCAUUUUGGAUUGGUUAUUGUGACGCGGUGAGAACGCUUGGCGACGAAUCAAGUGAAUUGCAAGUUUUGCGUAGAGCCAUUAGAAGUGCUCCAGCCUCCGGAGAUGUGUGGGCUCGAAAUAUCCGUUACUUGGAGCGUACAUCAGACUCAGCGGACAGUUCGAGCACAGCAGAAUCUGUGUCUGAAAUGUAUAAUACGGCCCUAGGCACGAAUUUGCUCCAGUCGGAGGUCGAACAGAUAAUUCCGGUUGUCUUGGCUCGGGCGGGUUUCGAAAAACGCAUGUUUGAAGCUGGUGAUGGCGAUGACGAAACGUUCGCCACUCUUAUAGCAAUCUUGGAAAGUGGAAUUGAUAUGGUACGGAAAGCAAACAGCAACGGCGAUCAGUGGUUGCGGCUUGAAAAAUAUCUUUCUGAGAUUUAUCGCGUUGCAGGAUUGGUGGACAACUUAAUAAAGCUUUGGCAGACGACUGCGAAGCACUAUAAAACCAGUUACAUGGCAUGCACAUUGUACACCGACUGCACUCAUGUGGGUGUAAAAAAUGACCGCGCCGAUGACGCCCGCAAGGUGUUUCAGGAGGUGCACAGGAAACAAUUUGACUGGCCGGAAGCCAUAUGGGACGCUUGGGUAACGUUUGAACAUUUUCAUGGAACAGUUGAAGAGAUCAAUUCUGCAAUGGAUAACAUUGAAACAAUCCGGCUUCAAGUAAACGCUCGGCGGGCCAAAGAAGCUGAAAAGGCUUCGCGGCAAUAUGCACAGAUGGCCGCGGAGCAGUUGGUGACUGAAGUCGCGACUGUACAGCAGCAGCAGCAUGAUGGCGCUAAUGAGAAUGCCAUGGAGGUUGAGUCUGUGCCAUCAGCCAACAUCGCCGAGAGGGGCACUAAAAGACGGUCGGAAGAUGAUGACGCAGGUGCAGCGCCCAAAAGAGCGAAGACAGGUACUGUAGCUCCUAGGGACAGGGAAAAUUGCACCGUUUUCGUUGCAGAUCUCCCUUCAAAUGUAAAUGAGGACGAUUUGCGUGCAGUUUUCCAAGAUUGCGGAACUAUCAGAGCCAUCAAAAUCUCACCGAUGCCAGAGGGCCAUGUUGCUACUGUUGAAUUUGCAGAGAGGGAAUGCAUACCGGCAGCGUUGACCAAGGACAAGAAGCGAAUUCACCAGCAGGAAAUUGCUGUGCACCUUGCAUGGCAGUCCACCCUGUAUAUUACCAACUUCCCCGAAAGCGCCGACGACGCGUACAUUCGGAAACUUUUUGGCGAGUUCGGGGUUAUCUUCGAUGUUCGCUGGCCGAGUAAAAAGUUCAAAAAUACCCGACGCUUCUGUUACGUUCAAUACACCUCACCCGCCGCCGCCCAGGCCGCCCUCUCGCUUCAUGGAAAAGAGCUUGAACCGCAUCAGUCGCUCAGCGUCCUAAUUUCAAAUCCUGAAAGGAAGAAAGACAGGACGGACCAUGACGCUGAUAACAAGGAGAUAUAUGUUGCAGGACUGAAUAAGAUGACGUCUUCCGAUGAUCUUCGCAAACUCUUUGAACAGGCAAUUUCUAUUAAGCAUGGUGAAGUGAAGGAUGUUCGAAUGGCCACCGACCAAAAUGGCCAAUGCAAAGGUUAUGCUUUCGUUGAAUACAAACUUGCUGAACACGCUACGGCGGCUUUGCAAUUGAACAACUUCGAACUCAAAAAACGACACAUCGCAGUAACGAUGUCUGACCCCCGCGCCAAGGCUCGUCAACGAAACAAGCCUGAUGCGGACACGGACUCGGGUUUAGGAAGGCGCGCUGACGUGCGAAGCCGGUCCGUACGCAUCCACAACCUUCCGCAGAAUACGGAAACGCAAGAAGGGCUACUCCAACAAACAAUUGAAAAGAUCGUUGCGGUAGCUCGCGUUGAAGUCCUUGGUGACACGCGGGAGGCUGUCGUCGAGCUUGCCACUGCUGCGGACGCAGGGAAACUUCUCCUGAGACCCGAGCCACUAGAAUUCGGUGGAAAGGUGUUGAAGAUUACUGAAGAAGCAGUAGGCAGGAAGUUUUCGGCGCGCAAUGCCGCUUCUUCAUCGGGUGGGAUGUUUGUACCUCGGACGGCGACUUCGAGACCUAGAGCGGGUCUAGGGCACGCUAAAAAGCAGCCGGCCAAAGUGGCGUCGAGCUCUACUGCAUCAAAGCCAUCUGCUGCAUCCGCCACUAGCAAAGGGCAAGACGAUUUUAGAUCUAUGCUUGGAAACUAA